AUGCAUGCUGAGAUCAUGCAUUACAACAAGGAAAUUUUUCAGUCCAGUGCCUGUGCCGCUGAUCUGUCUCAUCGAGUGCCGAGCCGCAUCAGCCAUGAAAUGAAUUCUAGAUUACUUCGUUCGGUGGAGCCCGAGGAGGUCAAGAGUGCGCUGUUUUCUAUGGCACCGGACAAGGCACCGAGGCCGGACGGUAUUACACCAGCCUUUUAUCAAUCUUUCUGGUCUAUUGUUGGAGGUGAUCUUACGAGGUUCGUGACGGAUCGUAUCACUAACUGUCGACUACCACCGGGACUAAAUGAUGCACAUGUCGUGUUGAUCCCAAAGAAAAAAGUCCCCGAGUAUGUCUCUGACUUAAGACCGAUUGCUUUGUGCAAUGUGGCCUACAAAGUAAUUGUAAAGGUGUUAGCCAAUCGACUGGAGGAGGUUUUAGAUGAGAUCAUCUCAUCCUCACAAAGUGCGUUCGUCCCAGACAGACUUAUUACAGAUAACAUCACUGUGGCCGGUGAGAUAGGACACUUUCUAAGACGCAAGCGUGGGGGAAAAGACCGUUGGGCGGCCUUGAAACUGGACAUGGCAAAGGCGUACGACAGGAUGGAAUGGGGUUUUUUGAAAGGCAUGCUGAUCGCUAUGGGGAUUCGGUGGGCACGGUUAUACCAUCGAGGGGUAUACAGCAAGGCGAUCCCAUAUCGCCAUAUCUAUUUAUCAUUUGUGCUGAAUACCUCAACUAAUCGUGAAGCCAGGGAGGUGAAAACGUGUUUGGAUUGGUACAGUGGCGCUUCAGGUCAGUUAGUGAAUUUUGACAAAUCAAAUAUUAUGUUCAGCGGCAACAUAGGGGAGCACGUCAGUACACACGUAGCACGUGUGUUUGGGGUGCGUCGAACUGAGGACUUUGGCAAGUACCUGGGCCUACCAUUAUUUUUAGGCCGGAAUAAGACUGCUUUGUUGUGGUACAUUGAACAGAGAGUGCGGGACCGGGCUAACAUGUGGCAAAAGAAACUCUUAAGCAGGGCCGGCAAAGAGGUGUUGCUAAAGAGCGUAGCCCAAGCCAUGCCUAUAUUCGCUAUGUCUGUUUUCCUUCUUCCCAAUGGGGUGUGUGACUCUAUAGAGAAAAUCAUGAAUAGAUACUGGUGGGCUAAUGGGGGUCCAGGCCGUAAAGGCCUUCACUGGAUGAGUUGGUCGCACCUUGCGAUCCCAAAAACCUGUGGGGGACUGGGCUUCAAACGUCUACAAGAUUUCAACGUUGCGUUACUAUCUAAACAGGGCUGGCGAAUUCUGGUUAAUCCUCAGUCAAUGUUUGCUAGGAUCCUGAAGGCCAGAUACUUCCCGGACACAGAUUUCUUGGAUGCUACUCUUGGACAUAAUCCAAGCUACACUUGGAGGAGCAUCCUAGCAGGGCAGAGUGUGUUGCGUGAGGGAGUGAUGCGACGCAUUGGUGAUGGGGCAGAUACUUUUGUAUGGGGGAAUCCGUGGCUUGCUCAUGAGUCGGAGCCAUCAUUGCGGACUGCUUGUGUUGUGGAGUUACGAGAUGCUAAGGUAUGCCAACUUCUUACUCAUGAGGGCACUUGGGACGAGGAUGUGGUGCAGGAUAUUUUUGUUGCACAAGACAUUGAUAGGAUCCUCCGCACGCCAGUCUCACCGGCGUACAAGGACUCUUGGUGCUGGAGAGGCAACACUAGGGGAUUAUACACUGUUCAGCAAGGUUAUCACAUCCGCAAUAUCCUCCCUGUUCGUGAGCUGCUGAAAACUAAAGGGAGAGCGCGGAGCGACUGUACCUGGAACAACGUUAGAUGGAGUGUUGCGAAGCUGGUGGAUGAAGUGAACAUGUUAGUGGCCACGUGGAAGGAGCACUUUGUGAACAAGAAGCGAGCCGUUCGAGGCCAAAGACCCACAGCAGGAUGGGAACCGCCUCCACCGGAUUUCCACAAAUGCAACGUUGACGCCGCCAUGCUGGAUCAUGGGGUGGGCUACGGAGCUGUUCUUUGA